AUGGGUAGUGCAGUGCAAUGGCCGCCGAAGUCCAGCAAGCCCGACUCAAAGAAAGACCCCUCGAAGUGGUGCAAUUUUCAUGCCAACAUCGGUCACACCACCAAUGAAUGCGUGGCGCUGAGGAGAGAAGUCGCCUACCUACUAAAGAACGAAUAUCUUAAAGACGUCAUGUCUGACAAAGCUCGAGGCAUCAUCAACAAAGGCAACUUCAAUUCUCCUUCUCGACCUCCUCUGCCUCCCCCUCAUACUAAAACUGUAAAUUUUAUUGUUGGAGGCUCUGACAUUUGUGGUGACAUCCCUGACAAACAUCAUGGCGGUCUGGUAAUAUCUAUUUCCGUUGGGAAUUGUAUGAUUAGACGGGUCCUUCUCGACAACGGUAGCUCCACCAACGUUAUGAUCCUCGAUGCCUUCAAGGAGAUGGGGUUGAACCCAGACACCGACGUCGUCAAGAAAUCUACGGUUCUGAUAGGAUUCAGUGGCGAAGCGAAAACUACUUUCGGAGAAGUCACACUGCCCGUCUAUGCCGAGGGAGUCAACCAACAGGCAAAAUUUUGUGUUAUUGAUUGCCCUUCAUCUUACAAAAUUAUCUUGGAUCCACGACAUGAAGGCCAUCCCAUCGACCUAUCACCAAACCAUCAAGUUCCCAACUCGGUGGGGGGUUCAGGAAAUCAAAGGGAUCAACAGGAAUCCAAAGAGUGUUACAAAGCGGCACUGAAGCCUUCGUCCACCAACAAAUUCUCAUUAUAG